AUGUCAACAUAUAUUGGUCAAGUUUAUAGCGCACUCCAUGAUAUCAACGAGCACCUACCUCCUGUUAAAUGCACCUCAGUUGAACAAGAGAAGUCAUGUGAACUAUGUGGCACCCUCCUCAUGCUUAUUGAUUUGCAUGUCGUGGAGGCUUUGGAGAAAGGGAGGGAAUCUCAUAGGGAGCAAGUGAAAGAGCUGAAGAAGGAAUAUGAUGACGUCAUUGACGAAGUUCUAUCAUUCCUUCCCGUAAAAUCUCUGAUGCGACUGAGGUGUGUCUCCAAAUCAUGGAACACCCUCAUAUACGAUCCCACAUUCGUCAACCAUCACCUUAAGCGAUCUUCAAGAAACAUCAACCUGAUACUAUAUUUGUUACUCUACAUACCUAGCAAUGGUUUCAACUUCAGAUGUUUCCCCCUGCGUAGUGUACCGGAUAUCAUUCCCGUCCUCCUCGCUGAUAACCUUAAUUUACAAUUGAAUGACGGCAAAGGAUUCAUCGGUCCUAUUGGUUCCUGCAAUGGAUUGUUAUGCUUAAUCGGUUAUUUUCCGAAUAAAGAAGAUAUCUUGCUUUAUAUAUGGAAUCCGGCAACCAUUACAUUAUCUAACAAAAUAGUGUUCCCUUGUAUGAAGUUUAGUCGUCUUAGGUGGAUGUUUGCGUUUGGUUACGAUAUUUCAUCAAACAUUUAUAAGAUUGUCGCGUUUCAUCCAAGUAAAAACGAGGUGAGAGUUUUCAAUUUAGAGGAUAAUAUUUGGAGAAAUAUUCAAAGUUUUCCCAUAAUUCCUAUUUGCAGUGCUCCUUAUAGUGACUGUCAACAUCAACUUUCGGGUAUCAAUCAAGGUGUGCAUGUAAGUGGGACUCUUAACUGGUUGGCCAUUCGAAAUGAGUUUCCAUAUGAACAUGAAAUUGAUUGGAAACUUAUUACUAUCGACCAAUUUGUGAUCAUCUCACUUGAUUUGAGUACGGAGACAUACCAUCAGCUGUUGCUUCCUCGGGGUUUCCAUGAAGUUCCACUCAUUCAGCCAACUCUUUCCCAGUUGAUGGGCUCCCUUUGUUUAUCUCAUGAUUUUCAAGGAACUGAUUUUAUUAUAUGGCAGAUGAAGGAAUUUAGAAUUCAAGAGUCUUGGACUCAGCUCUUUAAAAUUAGUUAUCAAAGGCUUCAAAUUGAUUUUAGUGUCUUCACUAAUUCGGUGCCAUACGGAUCUCGAUUUAUCUUAUUCCCAUUGUGUCUAUCUGAGAAUGAUAAUACAUUAAUAUUGACAUGGAAUAGAGACAAGAAACCAAUAGUCUAUAAUUUGAAAGAUAAUAGAGUAGAGAAAACAAAUUUUGACGAUGGCAUAAGGUGGUUUCUUAUCAAAGAUUACGUUGAAAGCUUGGUUUCAACUAGUUGA